AUGCUUUAGGAAGGGGUAAGAAACUUCAAGGAACUUCGAAUCAAAUUUCAAAAUCUUGAUGCUUCACCUCUUCCAGGACCUGUUAAAUUGUCGGCAGGUAUUUCCCAGAAGGGUGAUAUUGGAAGUACACCAUCAACCCAGAUUUUGGCCAGUGGGAAACCUCUCUCAUCCAGCCACAAGCAGCCCCCACAACAUUGUUCCAGUGGUAAAUCCCAGCCUCUUAAACUCCAGAAAAUGAAGUUGGCCCAAAGGAGUGAAAUUCAGGAAACUUCUACUUCCCUGGGGCCUCUGGGAAAGUCUGUUGUGUGUUCUACAGUAUAUUCACAGAAGGCUUCUCUGCUGUUAGAUGGUACUCGAUCAAAAGCUGAGAUAACCAAUAAGGAGAAAGUAAUGGUGGCCAGCAGCUUCAGAAACAAGCUCUGGAACUGGGAGAAGGUUUCAUCUCAGAAAAGUGAAAUGUCAUCAGCCCUUCCCCUUGCCAUUUGUGGAAGAAAGACCCUUCAUCUGGAAGGGCAAAAAGAUACAGGGCUAACUUCAGAGGAGCCAAGGAAAAUGCUGGAAACAAAAGGAGCCCAGACCCUUUCUUCCCAGAGGUAUUUGAUGGCCCAAAGAAAAGUACUUGCUGCCUCUGAAAAGUCCUCUUUUCUAAAUUGUCAACAUGGCAGGAAGAGCCAGGAAAACCCCAGUACUGAGAGGAGCCCAGCAGGCAGUACCUGCCAGCCUCUCUAUGAGUGUGAGCUUCCUAGCCAGGUCCCAGAAAAACAGCCAGAUGUCAGGCAUCACCACCCUCCCCAAACGAAGCCACUGCCUUCCCUGGACACCCUGGGUCCUCCUCCCUUUAAGCCUGCAAAGCCCCCCAUCGUGAAUCUCCAGGCCUUCCAGAGGCAGCCAGCCACCAUUCCCAAGACCCAAAGGGAAGUCGUGAUUGAGAAAGGAACCAAUCACAAGUUGCAGACUGGGAGGUUAUUUUUUGCUGAAUUUGAAGAACCGCAUAAUUAUGAGGCAACAAUUUCAUAUCGGAGGCACUCUGGCAACUCCAUUAACCUGUGCACUGCAAAAGAAAUUGCUGAUUCAACUUAUGACGUCAGAAUUGAAGAACUUCAAAAGCCUUUAAGGAGUUUCUGUUAUCCAUAUCCUGGUGCAAGCCAUGAAGGCAAAAGAAUGAAGGAAAAAGAGUCAUGUGAAUUGGGACCUCAAAAAACAGAAAAGGAUCCACAUUCAAACCAUCCUUUCAAGGUAGAUGCCUGUAAAAGGACACCUGGAGAAAUCAAGAUGACCCAAGUUCACAGAGGCAGCAGGAGCAUGCUGGCUGAGAAGCAGGAUACCAUGGUUGACAUCAUCCAGAUGAAGGCGUGCUCUGAGGGCCUAAAGAUGAACAGGCACUCCCAAGGCCAUUGUGAGUAUGUGAAAGCUUUAGACACAGUUAAAGAAACCCAAGAACCAAGUUGCAUCUCAGAGGAGAAUUAUGAUGAUGUUGAGUACCCCAGAAAAGAGGUACGGAAGUUGGACUUCCCUAAUUCAUUUGCCUCAGAUAGAGAAAAAAAUAGUGAUGAAAUAUAUGAAGAUGUCUAUAAAACAAAGCGCAACUACCCCAAAAUAGAAUUAGAUGGAAAAGAAGCACUGAAAAAACUGCAGCAAUUUUUCAAGAAAGAAAAUAAUAUAUUUAAAAUGAAGAAAACCAAGUCAAAAGAAAACAUAAGUGCAUUUUCCACUUCUCUGCCUAAUUUAGAAUUUAGGUCUCAAGAAGUUAUUAUCUAUGAUGAUGUGGACCUGAGUGAAAAAGAGUCAAAAGAGAAAGAUAAACUGAGAACAUGGAAGCCCAAGUUUUUGAUACCAAAGGAAAAAAAAGAGAGAAAAGGUACUGAAGAACCAGAAAGUUUAUCUACUAGAAAUUUCUUCAGAACCAAGAAGCAAAACUUAGAAAAGAACAGAAUGGAAAGAGAAGAAAAACUUUUUAGAGAAAGAUUUAAGUAUGACAAAGAGAUUACUGUCAUCAACACAGCAGUGGCGUGUUCUAAUAAUUCAAGAAAUGGAAUAUGUGAUUUGCCAAUAACCCCUGGAGAAGAACUGGAAGUCAUUGAUACCACUAAACAAAAUCUAGUGAUAUGUCGCAACUCUGAAGGCAAAUAUGGAUACGUGCUCAUUGAACAUCUAGAUUUCAAGCAUCAAAGUUGGUCAUCUUAGGAGGACCAAGGUCAAAUGUUAUGGGCUGCACCGAACAAGUCCUAAGACGUUAUUCCUGCCUCACAUCAAUUUCAGUUUACAUGUCAAAAUGAGAUGGUGGGAUCUGCAAAAACUUUCUUUCAGAAUUUAAAAAAGAAAAACAAAAACAAAUCCUCAACAUUUAGAUGUUGGUUUUAACUCCUAAAAGGUUAUCUUUCAAUGUCUAUUUCAGUAUCUACUUCACUGCCAGUUCAAGAGAACGUGAAACUGUGUGUGUUAGCAUUUGAGCACUUGUUUAAUGAGCCAUAUCCAAAGUUAGAAAUCAUGCCUUAUGGCACCUAGUCAGUUGCGCAGAUGGUUAGUUUGAUUCUAAUAUUAGUACAAGAGCGUUUGUAAUUUCAAGAUAUUGUGCAUUCAAAUUUGGUAUAAUUUAAUUUUGAACAGUAAUUAGUGUAACCAAAGUUUUUUUAAAUACUCAAAUUUAAAGGAUAAUAUUAAAGUAAUUGUGGCUCAGUCUUUUUUUAAAAAAUCAAGGUAUUUAAAAGGCAUUUAAAAGCUGAGCUUUAACUAAAACUUAUUCUAUUUUCUAAAUGAUGUACAGUGCAUGUCAAUGAGAUAAAUAAAUUCUACAUAUGGAUUCAACUGUUUUAAAAUCUUUUAAGUGGCUUUUUCAGCACUGAAAAGCUAAAGAAUUUUGCUCAGUUCUUUAAGCAGGGUGAUUGUGGCCUGGUAGGGUGUGAUAGAAUUUGUUUCCAUGGCCUCAUCCUUUAUACUUUUAGACUAUUUUUUAAGCUUCUAGGUUCUUUUAUCUUCUUUUUCCCCAAAUUCCAAGUAGCAUUUGCUAAUAAAUUAGACCAAACACAUUCUAAAAAAGAAGAACCAAAGGUAUUCAUAGAGUUCAGAGUUUAGAGAAGGAAAUAUGUAAAGAGAUUAUUACAAAUAAUAUAGUAAAAUACACAUGAUAUGAAUGGAAUGGCUAGAGGAUUAAGACAGAUUUACAGGAAGGUGACACUGAAGCCUGGUCGUAGACAAGGCACAGAAAUGAAAAAUUCACGCUCUGAUGACCAUAAAGAAAUUCAAAGUAAAUGAAGUGUACUAUAUCUGGUGGGAAAUGGCAGGCUCGGUCUAGAAAGGGCUAAGUUGGAACUAGAAUGUGAGAAAGUUCAUUUGUACUUUUAUCUCUAGAGAGUAAGAAGCCAUUCAAGGUUUAGGCAGAAAGGAAAUGCCUGACGUCUGGUGUGGAGGGGGUGGUCAGGCAAUCACAGCAAUGUGGAUAACAGAGAAAAAAGAAACUUUUACAAUAUUCUAGGCAAAAGGACAUUAGACCUUAAUUGAAGACAGCAGCAAUAAAAAUGUAUGGUACAGGAGUCCCUUUAGUGGUAUUACAGAGGUAAAGAGAAUGUCUUAGUGACUAAUCAGAUACAGAGGUGAGAGAGGAGAAUUAGGGACUGGCUCUGAGACUUCUUUUUUGGGAGGUGAGAUUAAGGCUGGUACCAAAGAUGGAAAAUAUAUUUCUGCUUGAACUAGAGACCAAACUCUGCUUGGAGUUUUCUAAGUUUUCCACCAGUGAGGGACAAUCAGGCAAUUGCAGGCCUCUCCCGCUCCCUAGGCCAAGACCUGCUAUACAGUAGGCAUUGCAGAAGAUGAAGCAAGUACAGCCUGUGGUCAAGGAGAGUAUAUAGCUAUGUUGAGCAGAAACCUUUCAUGCAUUUUGUUCAACAGAGAAUCAUAAACCAUAUGUUACUCUCGCCAUUUCACCAAACCAUGAAGUAUUUUAAAUCUUGGAGUGCCAGUGGACUAAAUUUAAACUGAGAUAGGUUUGUUCCAUUCACUUUCCAGCUCUUCACAUGAUCUUUUGUUCUAAUUCUGUGUCAGCUCUUUGCAUCUCAAUUUCCUCAUUAGAAAACAGGGCUGAUGACACUCAUCUUGCCUAUUUGACAGGGUGGUUGUCAUGUAACAAUAUAAAUAAAAGUAUUCUAAAAUCCUUAAUAUACAAUAUUACAUAAGUGGUACUAUUUUUGUCCCUGGCAUUUUCUGAAGUUGGAAGAUGUUGAAAACAAAAAUACAUUUUAAAAAUUCAAAUCUUAAGACUUGCAAGAAUGGCUAGGAUGAUUUAUUUUGCACAGACACAGUAAAACGUUUGGUGUUAAAAAAAAAUCUAUUAAAUAUAUUUUUAAAGGACAAACUAUAUGGUCUAAUAUCUAGUACCUUUACUCUUCUGAUAUGGUAUAGUUUUUUUAGAAAAAUUAUUGCUUUUCUAUCCAUUCUAUCCACUUACUGUGGUUAUGCUUCUAUUAUCACUAAUAUCAGCC